GGUUCUUACCCGUGUUGUGUGUGUGAGUGUGUGAGUAAGAGAGCGAGUGAGUGUGUGUGUGUGUGUGUGUGUGUGUGUGUGUGUGUGUGGAGACUCAGCUUGGUGUUGUCGGUGACUUCCCCCUCCCCUCCAUCCUUCCCCUCCCCGCCGCCGCUGCAGUGGCCGCUCCCUGGGCCGUAGGAAAUGAGCGAUAACGAUGACAUCGAGGUGGAGAGCAACGCUGACAAACGGGCUCAUCAUAAUGCACUGGAAAGAAAACGUAGGGACCACAUUAAAGACAGCUUUCACAGUUUGCGGGACUCGGUCCCAUCACUCCAAGGAGAGAAGGCAUCCCGGGCCCAAAUCCUAGACAAAGCCACAGAGUAUAUCCAGUAUAUGCAAAGGAAAAACCACACACUCCAGCAAGAUAUUGAUGACCUCAAGCGGCAGAAUGCUCUUCUGGAGCAGCAAGUCCGUGCACUGGAGAAGGCGAGGUCAAGUGCCCAACUGCAGACCAACUACCCCUCCUCAGACAGCAGCCUCUACACCAACACCAAGGGCAGCACCAUCUCUGCCUUCGAUGGGGGCUCGGACUGCAGCUCAGAGUCGGAGCCUGAAGAGCCCCAAAACAGGAAGAAACUCCGGAUGGAGGCCAGCUAAGCUACUAGGGGCAGGCCAGCAAUAAAAACUGUCUCCAUCGUCUCAUCCUCCUUUCAGUUCAUCGUUAGAACCCUCAGACCCAUUUAAG